CGCUUUGUCAGGGAACUGUUUUCAAAGCCAUAAUGAAUAACCAGACUGGUAGUAAAAAAAACCUCUCUGAGUUCUAGUAUUUUUUUUUUUUGAUCUGAGUAUUUAAAAAAAAAAAAUAAUAAAAAGCCCAUCUGGAUGAAAUGGUAAUUCAUUAAGGAAAAAGAAGAGGCAGAAGGCUUGGGAAAAUCAAUCAUAUUUUUUUCUUGUUUCAUGCAUUUGGGUUACUAUGAAACGAUAGUGACCAAAGUCUGGAUUCUGGAUUAUACAGAGUGGAGGAAAAUCUUAGGAACAUUCUUGGCGUGUUUUGAUCAUAGCUUCCCAGAAAGGAGGUUUUCUAUGGGUGUGGUGUCCGUGAGCUGAUGGAUGUGCUCUUACAAGUGGACUUUAGAAGCGGCCGGGGUGGGGGAGAAGGGGAUGAGGACUCUGUACAUGAGGAAGGAGCUAGACUCACUCAGGAAACUCCUCAUUCUUCCUGAGCUGGCCUGGCACACCCACGUGGGCCACACCCCUCCCUUGAGUCCAGUUCAGCCCACAAACUCCUGGGAGGAGAGCCAGGGCCCCAGCCUCUCCUCUGGGAGUGGAGGCAGUCCUUCCGUGUGCCAGCCACCUAGUGCAGAACAGCUGAAACCUUAGAGCUUUGUGCAUGUUAAUGACCUUGGCAGUGACUGAGCUCAUGGACCCUCAUCACAUCAUUGAAGACUGCAAAGUGGCCCACCCUCAGGACCCUCACCACCCACCGGAGAAGCCUGUCAUUCACUGCCAUAAGUGUGGGGAGCCCUGCAAGGGUGAAGUGCUUCGGGUCCAGACCAAACAUUUCCACAUCAAAUGUUUCACCUGCAAAGUGUGUGGCUGUGACCUGGCACAAGGGGGCUUCUUCAUAAAGAAUGGAGAGUACCUCUGCACCCUGGACUACCAGCGGAUGUACGGGACACGCUGCCAUGGCUGCGGGGAGUUCGUGGAGGGUGAGGUGGUGACUGCUCUGGGCAAGACCUACCACCCCAACUGCUUUGCCUGUACCAUCUGCAAGCGCCCGUUUCCACCCGGAGACCGAGUCACAUUCAAUGGGAGAGACUGCCUUUGUCAACUCUGUGCACAGCCCAUGUCAUCCAGUCCUAAAGAAGCCACCUGCUCCAGCAACUGUGCUGGCUGUGGAAGAGACAUCAAGAACGGACAGGCACUGCUGGCACUGGACAAGCAGUGGCACUUGGGGUGCUUUAAAUGCAAGUCCUGCGGAAAGGUCCUCACCGGGGAGUACAUCAGCAAGGACGGCGCCCCGUACUGUGAAAAGGACUACCAGGGGCUCUUCGGGGUGAAGUGCGAAGCCUGUCAGCAGUUUAUCACAGGGAAGGUCCUGGAGGCAGGUGACAAACAUUACCACCCCAGCUGUGCACGAUGCAGCAGGUGCAACCAGAUGUUCACAGAAGGAGAGGAAAUGUAUCUUCAAGGUUCCACCGUCUGGCACCCCAACUGUAAGCAAUCUACGAAGACAGAGGAAAAGCUGCGGCUGCCAAAACCUCACCGAUCUUCAUCCGAUUUCUUUUAUCCCAAAAGUCUGAUCCGACGCACGGGACGAUCUCCUUCCCUGCAGCCUACCAGGACUUCCUCCGAGAGUAUUUAUUCUAGACCAGGCUCCAGUAUCCCUGGCUCACCAGGUCAUACCAUCUAUGCAAAAGUAGACAAUGAAAUCUUGGAUUACAAGGAUUUAGCAGCCAUUCCCAAGGUCAAGGCAAUUUAUGAUAUUGAACGCCCAGAUCUUAUCACCUAUGAGCACUUCUACACUUCGGGCUACGAGGACAAACAGGAGAGACAAAGCCUUGAGGAGUCUCCGAGGACUUUGUCCCCUACUCCAUCAGCAGAAGGAUACCAGGAUGUUCGGGAUCGGAUGAUCCACCGGUCCACCAGCCAGGGCUCCAUCAACUCCCCCGUCUACAGCCGCCACAGUUACACUCCGACCACGUCACGCUCUCCCCAGCAUUUCCACAGACCUGGCAAUGAGCCGUCCAGCGGCCGGAACUCCCCUCUCCCUUACCGGCCAGACAGCCGCCCUCUAACUCCAACUUACGCUCAGGCCCCUAAACAUUUCCAUGUUCCAGAUCAAGGGAUCAACAUUUACCGAAAACCACCCAUCUACAAACAGCAUGAUGCAGCUGCCUUGGCAGCCCAGAGCAAGUCUUCAGAAGAUAUCAUCAAGUUUUCCAAGUUCCCAGCAGCCCAGGCUCCAGACCCCAGUGAGACACCCAAGAUUGAGACGGACCACUGGCCUGGUCCCCCCUCACUUGCUGGCGUAGGAACUGACAUGAGACGCAAAUCUAGUGGCAGAGAGGAGGACGAUGAGGAACUUCUGAGACGCCGACAGCUUCAAGAAGAGCAAUUGAUGAAGCUUAACUCUGGCCUGGGGCAGUUGAUACUGAAAGAAGAGAUGGAGAGCCGGGAAAGGUCAUCACUGUCAGCCAGUCGCUAUGAUUCUCCCAUCCACUCAGUGUCACAUAUCCCGUCAUCUAAAACCGCAUCUCUCCCUGGCUAUGGAAAAAAUGGGCUGCACCGGCCUGUUUCUACAGACUUUGCUCAGUAUAACAGCUAUGGUGAUGUCAGCGGGGGAGUGCGAGACUACCAGACACUUCCAGACGGCCACAUGCCUGCAAUGAGAAUGGACCGAGGCGUGUCCAUGCCGAACAUGCUGGAACCAAAGAUAUUUCCAUACGAAAUGCUCAUGGUGACCAACAGAGGGCGCAACAAAAUCCUAAGAGACGUGGACAGAACCAGGCUGGAGCGUCACUUGGCCCCUGAAGUGUUUCGGGAAAUCUUCGGGAUGUCCAUACAGGAGUUUGACAAGUUACCUCUCUGGAGACGCAACGACAUGAAGAAAAAAGCAAAACUCUUCUAAUGCCCACCCGUGAAUGGCAAUUAGAAAAAAGGACUGACGACGGCGGUGACACAUAGGAUGUGGUAUUGAGGCCCCAACUUGAUUGGAGGAUUUGCAAAGGACUGUCCCUCAGCAACACCAAAAAGGGAAAGUCUGGUUAAAACACCCAUGGGUUGAAUGUUGGGCCAACCAACAGCAAUGCUUGCCCAGAAGCAAUGGGGUCGCAAUUUCUAUGUUCCCAAACUCUGCAGUGGUGUCCCCGUGUGACCUUUGACAUUACCCUAUGUACACAACAGGAGCUAAAUUUCCUCCUCUUUUUUUCUCUUUA